AUGAAUGAACGCGACGAGAUUGAACAACAAAAAUCUCAAGUUAGUCAAACAGUAAUGAAAAAAGAUAAAAAAUGUUCGAAAACUGAAAAUCGAUUCAAAUCAAAAUUUAAAUCCUUAAAAAAAUUACCUCAUUCAACAUCAGCUAAUAGUGCAGUUGAAAAAGCACGAACAUUUUUUCGUUCAUUAGAACUUAAACGUCAUAAUGAACAAUCAUCAUCAUCAUCAUCAAUAACAAUUUGUCAAAAUCAUACUAUUGAUAUUCCAUCGACUCCUUCAAUAACUAAUACAACUAUAAUGAAUGAAGAAACAAGAAAAUUUGAUUUUAUGUUAAAUCCAAUAGCACGUACAACGAAUAUUUCAAUAACAAAAGGUACAAAAGUUGAUAAGAUAAAUCCUACAGAUAUGAUUGUUUAUCGAGUUAUGGAUAAUGAUCAAAAUUAUGAUAAAUUACCAUUAAAUUAUUUUCAACAAAAAUAUAAACAAUAUUUAAAACCUUCAUUACUAUAUCCUAAACAAUAUUAUAAUGAAUUAUUAAAUAAACAAAAUCAACAUUAUUCUAUAUCUAUUGAUAAACGUAACUCAUUUUCACACAACAAAGACCCAACAUUUAAUCCUGAUAUGAGAUAUUCAACACGUAUUUAUCCACCCUUUCGUUAUCCACCAGCGAAUAAUAAUAAUAAUAAUAAUUCAUCAUCGAAUCAUCAAAUAUCGAAUUCAUUAUAUGAUAAUCCAUUACUCAUUUGUAGUCAAAUGGAAUCUUCAUUUCUUGUACCAAGUUCAUGUGAUCAAUCUGCUUCUUCGAUCAUACGACCGUUACCAACAUCAUCAUCAUCAUCAUCAUCGUCCUCGACAUUAACAUGGAAUCAAUGUGUAGAUCGUCUCAAUACAGAAUAUCGUUCGACAAUCGAUGCACUUGAAUUGGCAAAAGAAUAUUUAGAAGAUGUCUAUAUACAUCCAACAGAUUCAAUUUCAAAAUAUGCUAAUUUAGUAGCACGUGGUAUUAAUGAUUUAUCAAAUAAUGAAACAAAAAAAUCCUCAAGUGUUACAUUUUGUUUACCAUCAUCAAUAGAUUCAGAUAUAGAAAAAUAUUCUUCAUUAAAAUUAAAUAAUUCAAUCGAAAAAAGUAAAGUUCCACCACCUAUAUUAUUUUCGAAACCAAAAUUAGUAAAACCUAUUGAAUUGGAUACAUUUUCUUCAUGUACAAAAUUUGAUUCUAGUGUUGAAAAUGAUGAAAAAUUAGAUUCAAUUGCUAGUAUUAUUAAAAAAUUUAAUGAUUUAAGUAAUUCAAUUGCAUCUACGAUAGAAAAAUGUCAAAUUCAUGAAAAAAUAAUGGAUAAUUCAACUACUUGUAAAUUAAAAAAAAAUUCCGAUAAAUUAAUAUCAUCAGAAUUAGUAUCAACAAAUGAACAAACAACAAAUAAUUUACAAGAAGAAGAAACAACAUAUACAAUUGAAACAUUCUAUAAACCUACAAAUAAUGAUUUAUUAAUCAAUAUUCCGCCUAUUAUAAUUACUCGAGAAAAUACAACUGCAGAACAAUUUGAAUUAGUAUAUGAAAAACAACAUCAAGAAAUAUCAACAAAUACAAUUCCUACUCAAGAAAAAUCUAUAAUUGAUGAAAUAAAACUUUCACCAAUAAAUGAAAGGUCUUCGAACUGUGAAAUUAAUGAUACAUCAUCAAAUAAUACUCCGCCUCCAGUACCACCAAAAAAUAUUCAUAAGUUUAUUUCACAAAUACCAAAAUCUACCAUAACAACAAUGCAUGGUUCUCGUUUAAAACCAUCGUCAAAACUUGUUUCAUCUUUUAAUAAAUUAAAACCAUCAUCUUCAACAAUUAUAAAUAAUACCAUGACUUCUCUACAAAAUCCAGUAGAAACAAUAAAUAAUACCGCUCAAUUACAAUCAUUACCUACUCCAACCCAACCAUCAUCAAUAAACGAUAAAAAUAUUAGUAAAUCUCCAAAUGGCAUAGAUCCAACAUGUUCUAUUCGAAAGAAUUAUGUAAAAUCAAUGGUAUGCCAACUUAAUACUACUGUAUCAGCUCCUUCAGUUGUUUCGCCGUCAACAACUAACAAACGAUCUUGUCGUCGUAUGCUUAUCGAACCAAUAACAUUCACUAACAAAAAUGCAAUUUAA